AUGCUCUUUGCGAUUGACAUUGACCCGGGGCUGCAGGAUCUGACUGCAUGGCUGCUGAAGGUUCACGACGACUACGAGGACGAAAAAAACGGAUCCACUCCGGACGGCGGCGGUCCUGCGCCCGCCAGCGGGAACACCAUCUCAGACAGUGACUCCGUGGAUGUGGGGGAGAUGCCAACGGUGACUCCGUGGCAGUCUGGGUUUGCGGCGGGUAUCGAGAUAAUGGGUCGUGUGCAGUUGCCAUUGGAGCGUCACGGUUUGGUUACCUUGGAGUUGCGGGACUUGGAUUUAAAGGUGAAAGGUUUGGGAGGGACGACGGUGAUGUUGUCAGGGUUCGUGGAUACGUUGAAUCUGAAUGCGAUUCCACCGGUCAGCAAUCGCGUGAAUUUCGAGUGGCCGCGGCUGGCGGAUUACCCAGCGUUGUGGGAGGCCUUCCGGCCGUAUACGCCUGUGCGGCGGUUGUCGGAAGUGACGUUGAAUGACGCGUUACUUUCGUUGCCAGGUGCCUACGACGCAGUUAUAGCCUGUUGCCUGUCGACUAAGGCGGCGUUGAACAUGGUGGGAAGCGAAAAGACAUGGGCUUUGUUGCUGGAUUAUGUCGAAAAUUGUCCGGCGCGAUGUCUUGUACGGCAUGAAGUCGAGCGGCGGCGAGACCAGUUCUAUGUGCGUUUCGGCGAGCCCGGCGCCGACGUGGGAGGCCGCAUGUUCGUGCUGCACGACCCUGAGGAGGCGGACGGGGCGCUGCACGUGGCGCUGCUCUUCACAGGACGCGAGGUUGCGCCGCAUGUUUGCUGGAUCAGUUUGCCCGCGCGUGACCCCGUCUCCGGACAGCCGACUGACCUCGAACAGAGCACGGCCGCCUCGGUCUACGAUGCCCUCGUCUACACCUUGAGUGCGACUGACGAGGUGGUCUUCUACGCUGGCGGGCGCAGUCAGGGUCAAGCGCGUUUAUUGGUACAACACACCCCGCGUCGGGCGCCGCUUAAUGAUGUCGAUCGUGACCCCUUUUUCUGCGACGCAAUGGAUCGUUUCUGCGAUGCCGUCGCCGCUAGUUUGCGACCAGCGUUGUUUAACGGCUUGCCGGCGGCAGCGCUGAAGGAGGCUCAGAUGGGAUUCACCCGUCACCGACGGGUGCGGGAGGAGGUUCUAAGUGAAGAAGACUUGUUCCGCACACGUGCGGAAGGCAUUCUACGGUUCCACUAUGCGCCCACAACUAUCCCGCUCGUCUACUCCGUCUGUCGCCGGGCGGGCUACGCAGCUCUACUCAAAUUGGACGCACCCACUCUUGCUAGACCUGAGCUGCGCGACCUCGCGAUCUUCGAACCCGGUCCUGAGCCUAGUCUGCGCUAUUUGCCUAAACGCCGGCCUUGCCUCACCGAUUCAGAACCCGAAACUGAAAACUGGCUCGGGGCGGCGGGGGUGGGGGUGGAGGAUGCCCCCCCGGGUUGGGCCGGAGACGACGGUUGGGCUGGAGCGAUUUCGGUCGAGGAGUUGCGCGAGAGUGCUCGCAAAGAAGCCCUUGCACGCGCCCGGUUGGGUGCCGAAGCGACGUUGGACAGAGGCGCGGCGCCGGCGACGGUCGUGGACGUGGUGGUGGAUGGGGUGGUGAAUGCGCAGUGUUGCAUCGUGAGUGGCUUGGAAGACGGCACGGCGGGCGAGCCGUGCGUGUUCAUGGUUACGGUCAUGGAUGCUGCGAACCGUGUGGUGUUGUCGGAUCGUGUGCAGAUCGUGUUGGUCUUUCUCUUGCUCUCGACGGGUGUGGAAGCGGCCAUGCGCGAUCCGUCGCAGCGAUUGUCCUGGGUGCGUGAGUACGAGCUAUUGAGUGACGCCGGUGUGUUGGGCGAACGCACGUUGUCGGUGAACAAGUGCGAGCCGUAUCGCGAUGUGCGUUGGAGCUGUCAGUACGUGCAGCAGGGCCAGUACGUGGUGCGUGCGACGGUGCAAGACCCAGGCGCAUAUGCGUUGCACGUAAAAGCGAAUGGACUCGACGUGGUGGGAUCACCCUUCAAACUCUUCUUCCGCUCGGCUGCACCUGACCCCGGCGCCUCGCUUGUCGAAGGACUGGGGACCCUCGCCCAGGCUUGCUUUGCGCCCGAUGUGCACCAAGCCGUCCGCCGCUGCCUGCGCAACUGGCGCGAAGCACGAGACCAUAAACUCUCUCCCGCUCUUUAUCGCAAAUUCAAGGCCGACUACCUCGCCGUCCGUCCCGACCGUAUCAACACUCUCCGUCCCGUCCUCCGCGACCGUCGCGGCGUACAAGUCAGUCGCGAGUACUAUCGCACCAGCCUCCUAGACGUCUACCUCAGCAGCAACGCCACUCUUCUCGCCCCGGACGACGGAUCGGACACGCGCCCGGGCACCAUGCGGGACUCGAACGCGGGACUGCCGGAUAAGGAAAACACAGGCGCGAAGGCGGAUAACGGGAGCGCCAAGGCGGACAACGGGGGCACGGGGGUGGGGGCGAAUUCCGGUGCCGGCAGCGGACAGUUGUGCAUCGAUCCGACGGCGGUGGUGCGGUUCAAGGUGGAAUUGUCGCUGCAGCAGUUGGAGUUGCUGAACAGCUGGCGGACGUGCGAGGACGUGGACCUGCCUAAGUUGGGGCAGUUGGAGUCGGUGACGGUGGACGUGCGGCUGAACGGGCACUCGAUCGGGAACUGUCCGGCGUUUGUGCGUGUGAAGAACGUGGAGAGGUUAUUGCAGUGGUACGUAUCGUGCAAGCCGUACCUAGUGUUGUUAGCGGAGGUGGGUGAGCGGCCGGGGGCAGAGGUGGGUGCGCGGGCUGCGUUAGGUUCACAUUUGGAGCGACUGGCGACCUUGGCGGCGCCGGGUCGAGUGGCAGCGGACGCAAGUGCGUGGCAGCGCGAGUGGCUGGCGUUGCGUACGGCGGUACGCGGUGGUGCAGGAGCAGCGGCGGCGGCGGAGCGAGCGGGCGCCGCGGCCGCAUUGCCGAUGGACGGGCGUAGCGAAGUGGCGUUGGCACACCUGUUCAUCAAUGCGAUGGUCAUUACCUUGGCGGAGGAGGAAGGUAGCGAUUCCGCGGCUGCUGGCACCCCCACUCGUGGCCCUGACGAGGCGGAGAGAUCUGCCGUAGCGACUACUACCGCCACAGAAGCACUCGUCGGACCCAGGGAGGACAGAGGACGCCGAAAUUCGACUGCCACGGAGUAUACUGCGGUUGUUGGCCUUUCCCCGGAAACAGCUACUGACGACUUUCGGACGACGAUUGAGCCCGCCGUGAACGUGGUUGCAAUGACGAUUCGCGAGUGGUACAGUACCAUCGUGGAACCCGCCCGCACCGUGAACACACCACCGGUUAUCACGUGA